GGAGCGAGACAAAAGGGAUAAAGAGAAGGAAGUCAAAGAGAAGGACAAGAAGGCGGUGAACGGCCAUCACUUCGCCGCCGUCAGCUCCGGCCAGGGGCUGCCGUGCUCCCAGUGCUCCCAGUGCAAUAAGGCCUUCAGCAGCAAGGAGACGUACCAGUGCACAUACUGUAAUGCCUGCGUGCACAAAGGCUGCAGGGAGGGCCUGCCUGUCUGCGCCAAGGUAAAGAUGAAGAUGCCCAGGCAGCAGUUCACCGUGCCGGAUUCCAGCUCCUUCCCCGGAGUCACCAUGAGGAACAAAUCGGGAGGUACGAGGGAGCGUCCCUGGUCAGCCAUCUUGUCCCCGGAAGACCACUCCUCCAUGACCAUGCCGCCGUCGUGCCGCAGACACACGGGCCUCAUGCCUUUCCACGGCAACAACCUGUCCAAGAGUCUGUCCAUUAGCAACAUUGCCGGUCCAGUGUUUGACGAGAUGCCCAUCAAAGGCCUGCGCUAUCUGUCCCAGUCCACGGACUCCCUCAACAGGACCAACCAGGUCACAGAGUCCAUGGAAUCCCUCACUGAUGAAGGGACGGAGAUGAUGGACGGACAGUUGAUGGGAGAGUUUGAGGGGGAAGCCAAGGAGCUGGAGGCCGACUCGUGGAGUUUAGGUGUGGAUCAACAGUACCUGCAGCAGCUGGAUCGGGACCUGGUGAAGAGGCAGGACGUCAUCUACGAGCUGAUGCAGACGGAGAUGCACCACAUCCGCACGCUGCGCAUCAUGUCGGAGGUGUACAGCAAGGGCCUGCAAAAGGAGGCGCAGCUGGAGCAGCAGACGGUGGAGAGGCUGUUCCCGGCGCUGGACGAGCUGCUGGAGCUCCACACGCAGCACCUCCUGCGCCUCCUGGAGAGGAAGAAGGAGAGCCUGCUGGACUGCGGGCGGUCCUCGGAGCGGGGCUUCGUGGUGCACAGGAUAGGAGACAUCCUCCUCAGCCAGUUCUCGGGGUCCAAUGGCGAAAGCAUGAAGAAGAUCUACGGAAGGUUCUGCAGCCGCCACAACGAAGCAGUCAACUUUUACAAAGACCUGCUAAACAAAGACAAGCGCUUUAAAGCCUGCAUCAAAAAGAAGAUGAGUAGCAGCAUUGUGCGGCGGCUCGGCAUCCCAGAAUGCAUCUUGCUGGUGACUCAGAGGAUCACCAAGUACCCUGUGCUGAUUCAGAGGAUCCUGCAGCACACCAAAGAGGGCGACGAGGACUACGAGGACCUGACGGAGGCGGUGCGACUGGUCAAGCGGGUGAUCGCCGCCGUGGACGCCAGGGUGAACGAGCACGACAAGCGGCGGCGCCUGAAGGACUUCCACGCCCGCACCGACGGCAAGUCCAUCAUGAUGAUGAAGAGCGGCCAGAUCUUCGCCCGCGAGGACCUCCUGAGGAGGCGGCUGAUCCACGACGGCGCUCUGCAGCUGAAGAGCAUCCAGGGCCGACAGAAAGACGUUCACGCCUUGCUCCUGUCGGACGUCGUCGUCUUCCUGCAAGAGAAGGACCAGAAAUACGUCUUCGCCAUGCUGGACCAGCGCUCCACCGUGCUCUCGCUGCAGAAGCUGAUCGUGCGCGAGGUCGCCAACGAAGAGCGCGGCCUUUUCCUCAUCACGGCCGGCACCGAGAAGCCCGAGAUGAUGGAGGUGCUGGCCAGCUCCAAGGAGGAGCGCAACACGUGGAUGCAGCUCAUCCAGGACGCCAUGCAGUCCAUGGAGAGGGACGAGGACGAGGGGAUUCCCAGCGAGACGGAAGACGACCGGAGACAACUGGAGAACAAGAAGAAGGAGAUGCGAGACCUGCUGAGGCAGAAGGACUCCGAGAUCCUGGGUCUGCUGGAGGAGAAGGCGCGGCUCUUCAAGGGCAUGUGCGUGGGCUCCAGCACGUCCGAGGAGCCUUUCUUCAGGGCGCCCGGCGGCCCCGACCCCCCCAGGGGGGCGUGCAUCAUGAAGGACGCCCUGCAGGAAGUGGAGACGCUGCAGGGCCUGGUAAACGGCAGCCUGGGCGGGGCCAUGGCCAGCGUCCAGGACGGCGGCGAGGCGGGCCCCGUGUGUUUACCCCGCCGGGCCGAGACUUUCGGCGGCUUCGACAGUCACCUCAUGCACAGCGGCAAGAGCGCAGACCGCGAGGAGAGCGAGGACGCCGCCAGAGAUCUACGCAGGACCGAGUCUGACGGCGUCUUAAAGAAGGGAGGAAACGCCAACCUGCUGCUGCUGCUCAAGAGGAACAGCGAGGUAACGUCCACGCUUCCUGCCGCUAACCCCGUUAGCUGUCGGCAUGGAAACCGCUCUCGCUGUCAGUGGCGCUCGUCAUUUACUGUCCAGUGCCAUGGCAACGCAUCAACAUCCUUAUCAGGGGUCCUCCACAGCGUGUCCAACCUGCACCUGCUGCUCAGCAUGCUGCAGGCGGUGGUGGUGCAGCAGGACAGCUUCAUCGAGGACCAGCGCCAGGCCCUGAGCGAGCGCUCCUCGUCCUGCUCCUCGUCCUCCCUGUCCCGCCCGUCCUCGCGGCCCGGCUCGCUGAUCGAGCAGGAGAAGCAGCGCAGCCUGGAGAAGCAGCGGCAGGAGCUGGCGGCGCUGCACAAGCAGCAGGCGGCGCACGCCGAGGAGCGGCGCCGGCGCGAGAAGGAGUGGGAGAGCAGGGAGCGGCGGCUGGGCGAGAAGGAGACGCUGCUGCGCCUGCAGGAGGCGGAGCUAAGCAAGCAUCAGAAGGACGUGCAGGAUGAGAGGCAGGACCUGCAGGGCAGGAAGGAAGACUACCAGAGGGACCUGGAGAGACUGAGGGACGCUCAGAGGAAGUUGGACAAGGAGCGGGAGUUGCUGCAGAGACAGAUGGACAAGAUGGAGGAGCGCAGACGGGCUGAGAGGACGCCCUCCACCACGUCCGAGGAGUCCCAGUUGGCGGGCAGCUCCCAGUCCUUGGACCAGGACCGGGACCCGGCGGACGUGUCGCCCUCGCAGCGCCCCAAGGCCAACAAGACGCGAGGCCUCAACCCCUUCACCUCGUCCUCGUCCUCGGCCUCGGCCGACGCCAACAAGCAGCUGACCAAGAGCCUGAUGCAGCUCGCCAAGCGCAAAGACAAGCGCAAGAAGAAGGUCAAAGGUCAAGGCGCAGACCCCGAGCCUCCUCUUGACGGCCAGAUCUUCUUCUGCUGAGACCUGACAGGAAGUGGACCUCUGGCCACGCCCACACCUUGAGGACAGGAAAUGGAAGUGCAUUAAAAGGAAAUGAAAGAAAAAAAGUCAACGUUGACGUUUAAAGUGCAAACAAAUUGACAAAAAGCUUUGAUUGGACAGGAAGACGUGGUCACGUGAUCUCCUGCGGCCAUCUUCCAUGAAAUCUUCUUUGGACGUCUCCUUUUCUUCUUCGUUGGUUCUCGCUUUGUUUUUGUUGGGAUUGCACGCCAAUCAUCAUCUUUUACCCUCGACUCGGUUACCAGCGAGCGGCCGUUAAAUGUGCGCAGUUUCUGGAACGUCACGCUGCUUCUAAUUCAUCUUCUAACUUCACAUCAAAUCACCUUUCAUUGUGUUUCUUUACGCUGAAAAUGGCGUCUCUGCAAAAUGUUUACAGAUGAAAAAGUUGCAUUAGUUACUAAAACAUGUUUUUCGUUAACUACCUGCGGGUCAGGUACAGCUGCGCCCCCUGCUGGUAGAUUUGGAGAACCACAAUUUUUUUCCCCCCUCCCCCGCGCUGUUUUUGUUGGCGAGUUGGCAGGAAGCAGCUUUAAAAAGGGGGCGGAGCCGACACGUCUUCUUCCCGCCUCCUGAAAGACGGCCGGCGGCCGAAUGCACUAAAAAGCUUUUGUAACGGGAAGAAAAGAAAAAAAGCGUUUGUACGAAGAAAACACAAAUGUAAAUAUGAUCUAUGUAUAAAACAAAUCACCUGUACAAAAAAAAAGGUUACUUUUUGUGAUUUAUUACAAUAUUUUCUAAGAAUGUUUAUUUAUGUUUUAUUCUCUCCCUGUUUGGGGGAGGCGAUAAACAUGUGAUGUUUCGCUCCUAAUUAAAACAAAG